CACGUGGUCCGGCCGCGGCGCAUGCCGGGAGGUCUGGCUCAGGCGGUCGCCAUUUUGGAGCGCGGUGUGUACGGUAAUGUCGACGCAACACAGGGCUUCGGACAACGAUGCCUGGGCCCUUCUGGCCCUCAAAUCGGCGCCCUCGAGCCCGUCGCGGCUCCAGUGGAACCCGGAACAGAAAGGGGCGGCCAUCGCGCGGCUCGAGGGCCGCGAGUUCGAGUACAUGAUCCGCCAGAAGCGCAUCUCCAUCGGCCGCAACAGCAGCCGCGGCGAGGUGGAUGUAAAUAUGGGCCACUCGAGCUUCAUCUCGCGCCAGCACCUCGAGAUCUUCUACGAGUGCGCGCACUUCUUCAUGGUGUGCAACGGCAAGAACGGCGUCUUCGUCGACGGCGUCUUCCAGCGCAAGGGAGCCGCGCCGCUGCCGCUGCCCAAGACAUGUGUGUUCCGCUUCCCGAGCACCAACAUCAAGAUCAUGUUCCAGUCGCUGGUGGACGAGGUGGGGCCGGCGAGUGGCGGUGGUGGCGCUCCUCCCCCUCCGCGCCUGGAGGCGGGGCCCCUGGCCGUCUCUCCGCGGCAGCCGCCUCCCCCUCAGCUGGCUCCGCACCACCUGCCGCGGCCGCUCGCCCCGCUCAAGAUCAACAUCCCUGAGCCUGAGUCAAGCUUCACCAGUCCCAUCCCGUCGCCCACAGGCACGCUAAGUGCGGCAAAUUCCUGUCCCGCAAGUCCCCGGUCGGGGAACCAUCGUCGUAACGUCACCUCCGACCUGCAAAUGGCCGCAGCCGCUGUGGAGAGGCACGAGGAGGUCCCCACCACGGGCUCUGGCGCGAGUGGACCAGCAUCUCAUAAUAACAGCAACUCUGUGCCUGGGAGUGGGCCAGACGGGGACCAGAAGCCGCCCUACUCGUAUGCCCAGCUGAUUGUGCAGGCCAUCUCGUCGGCACAGGACAAGCAGCUGACGCUAAGCGGCAUUUACUCAUACAUCACCAAGAACUACCCCUACUACCGGACGGCCGACAAAGGAUGGCAGAACUCAAUCCGGCACAACCUGAGCCUGAACCGGUACUUCGUCAAGGUUCCCCGGUCGCAGGAAGAGCCGGGAAAGGGUUCCUUCUGGCGCAUUGACCCCCAAUCGGAAGGCAAGCUGGUCGAGCAGGCCUUCCGUAGGCGGCGGCAACGGGGCCUGCCCUGUUUCCGGACGCCCUACUCUUCCUCCAGGUCAGCGCCGGCGUCGCCAAGCCACGGUGCACACAGCGGCCUGGCGACGCCGGACUCACUGUCACGGGAGCCCAGCCCCGUGCCGGAGGGCUUGGCCCCCGAGGGGGCGCCGAGCUCCCCACUGCAGCCGCCGGUCUCCAUGAUGGCCAUCCCCCCCGGCCUUGCGCCCCCGCAAGCCUCGUACCUGGCGCGCGAGAUUAAGGCCAGCCAGUCAGCCCCAGGCUCACCAGGUGGUGCCCACCAGUUGGGUGGGUCCCCUCUUAUGCCCGCGUUCACCAACAGCAAACCCAAGGUGCUGGUGGCCCACCAACCCUCAGUGGUCUCGAACGGUGUCCUCAAAAGCAACGGGAUGCGCAGCGACUCACCGCGGCUCGACCAAGAGCGCAGUUAUCCAAGAGGUCCGCCCGAGCUCUUCUACCAGCCAAAGCCGCUGGGGCUGUCCACCGCAGAGCAGACUCCAUCAUCUUCUGCCUCCUCCUCGCCGCCCCCUCUCCACCCGACCAGUGUCAUUGUGCAGGCGCCAUCAUCUACCUUCGCCCAGCCACCCACACCGGACUCUUCGUCAUCGCCGCCGGCAGCAGCACCUCUUCCGACGCACCCGCGCAAGCGCCACUACGAGAUGGCCACUUCCUCUUCGUCUGCAACGCCGGCCACAUCAACACCCUCUUCCACCUCCUCCGCCGGCAGCAUCGCGGGUCGGGAUCGGGAAACCAACUCCCCUGCCCGGCCUCCGCCAUCAAAAGUUCACCGGAGCGGUUCGGACGAGGCGGCAGCUCCAUCGUCUGGGUCUCCGCCCGUCUCCACCACGACGUCGUCUCCGACGACUGUCACGGCAUCUGCCACAGACUCUGCCUCCUCUUCUUUAUGUUAAUGGUGGCAUCACUCGUUGACUUGUUUUUUUUUAUUAUUAUUAUUAUUAUUAUUAUUUUGCUGUGUUACCACCAUCCCCUUCUUGUUCUGUCUCCCUCUUUCCCCAUGCUGUCUAUCCUGGAUGCUGCUGUUGCUGAUCCCCAUUUUAUCUUUUCUGCCGGGCUCCUUAUCUGUUGUUGCAACCGAACUGUAGGUCCCCUAAGAAAAAAGAAAAGCUUUCUUAGAGCCACAUCCCACCCUCUUAUUUUACUGCUGAAUGACUGCUGUAGCGGGGAUGGUGCGUUUGCCACUUCCCUCCACGUAGGUGUCGCCAUUUCCUUUAUUUUUCUUUUGUAAAAGCAGUCUUCUUGCAAUCCUGUCUUUUUACUAGAUCACGCUAUUUUUUAAAUCAUUGUUGCAUCUUUCUAUUCCAACAUUCUAUGACUGUUACAGUUAUUCUGCAGUUUUUCUCUCCUGUGAAAGAUGAGGAACGAAGCUGCCAUGCUAGUGGUGCCUUGCUGCGCCAUUGCGAGAGUAUGUAUGCAGAAUUCUCCCUUCUUUCCUUUUUCUUGCUCUCUUUCCCAUUCGGUUGCAUCGUUGUUUGCCACUUCUCUAUCAACCUGUCACGCACUCGCCCGCACUUCUGCAUCAGUGCAUUUGGUAGCAGGUGCGUGCCGGGCCCACAUUUCCUCUGCAGACUGCUAAGGCGGGCAGGGGAAGGGUCGCUCAUCGUCGUUCUCUCUCUGUUUGUUCCGUUGCACGCUUCGCGGCACAACGCUCGCUCUCAGGAGCGACCUUGCUUGCCCUCCUCCAGCCCCGUCGUGCUUGUGUUCUCGGGGCAGACGACGAGAACUGUUCUUCUUUUACUGGCGAGCGUAGCCAGCAUUGUUAGCCUUUGUGCUGCCGCACUUGUGCCUGGUGUGCGCUUGGCAUUUGCUUGGUUUCCUGUGGCAAGCGAAAGAACGGGCUGUCGGCAGAAUCUGGGUUUCUGUUUCGUCAGCUGCGAUUCGCUGAGAAUGGCACCGCGAAAGGCUAGCUCGCUGUCCCCGAACCAAGAGGCUGCCUAACCCCAGCAUUUUGGGGCACACGCACAGCUGUGAGAAUUGUACAAACUCGCGGCUUCCCUGGCGAUGACUUACUUCGCGGGAACCGUGGCUCUUUCCUUUUUUUAUUUUAGGCUAAUGUAUUUUGAUGGGGCGAGUAGAGUUGGUGUUAGGAGGAUAGAUGUAUGUAGCAUGUGGGCGCGUCCGGCACGGCGGCGUUGCGGUGCGGUGAAGGGCAGUGUCUAGGCACGGCAGAGCGGCCCCAGCACCGAAAAACGCAGCGUAGGUUCAAAUGAGAGACGACGUGUGCGGCAUUGUGUACAGACGAGUUUUAGAGGAGGCUUGGUGGCAGCAAAGAGCUUGUCAGAGUAGUGUACAGUGUAUGAGAGAUGUGGGAGGCAAUUGUUGGGAGAGAGGAUGUGAGUAGCUGGUCUGAUUGACAGCUAGGAAGUGAGGAGAGCACGUGCCAUUCUUGCUGGGGAGCCCCAUUUGCUCUUGGGAGCGAGGGGGGCACCCUCGGUAGAGCCUUUUCGAAACAGAAGGUGAUAGAGCAUGCACAGUGUGUUUUGAGGGGAGGCUCUGUCUCGGAGGUUGUGGUGACAUGUCAGUGGGGGGAAAGAUGUGGAUGAAUUCGUUCCCUGGUGCUGAGCUGUAUUUGUAUAUCAGGGCGGUGCGACAAAGGCAGCGUUGCGCUUUUUCAUCUUCCAUUGAAGUUAUCUGUUCGUUUUGGGGGGAUUUCUUCACCUUUUCUUUUCCUUUUUUUUUUUUUAAAGGAAGUUCUUCAAAACACACACAGGCCUUGCUAGUCAUGCGCUCGCUGCCUUUGAAGUCGCAACUUCUGCCCCGCUUUCCAAGCCAUCGCUUCUGGCCGCUCCAAUGUCAAGGGGGGGGGGCGGGCGACAACAUUUGACUGAGCGCAUCUGCACAUAUCACGGCUUAUAACAGGCGAGACUGGCCUCUUUGCAGGUUUCCUGGCUUUAGCUUCGGCAUUGCAAAAGCGGGUUUCUUGCACCGCCUGAGGUGCGGACACUAGCAGAUGUGAAGAAAAAAAGCAGUGCUCCCUAGAUAAGCAACUUUUGUUGUCCAACCCCCCCCCCCCCCCCCUUCCCGCUUUGUCUUGUCGGCUACAAGCGGCGCGGCUUUUCCGCGACUUGGCUGUGGAUUUGGCUAGGAGCAAGCCCCCUUACUUGCACACUUACGUCAUUACUCCCUCCUCCCAACCCAGGGCUAAUUACGCUUUGAUGGCAGCAAUGGUUAAGAGAUUUGUUGUUGCCUCCCGGCCACUGUUUUGGUGCCAGCACAAGAGUGUGUUUAGAGAACCUCGCGAGAGAGUUUCUUCCGUGAUUUGUUCUGUUGCUCAUGAGCAAGCUGUUGUGAAUUUUCAUGACGCGAGAGAGAUGCAGAGAGGGUCGUUUGGCUUUGGACCAUCUAAGUGGUCGGGGGACAAUCUUUUUUUUUUUCUCUUUUUUAUUAUUUGUUGCUUGGCAUGGCGAAGGCUGUUGGUUGAUGGGUGUACAUAGACUCGCGUACAGAGAAUCGUUGUUGCAUGCCAGUUGGUCUAUUUUUAAGAGAGAAGAUGGAUUAAAGAAGAGGACAAGAGUCGUGUAUGAAGCGUGUAGUGCUUGUUGCAUAGUACAGAAAGGAUUGUAUCGUAUUGCUUAAUCUUGCUCUUUGUUUCCUGUCUGUGUGCUGUUCAUUACCUUCACCCCCCUUUCCCCUCUGUCACUUCCAUCGUCACAUCGUAACAUAACACUGGACAACUUUUUUCUUUCUCUCUUUCUCCUUCACACUUUGGCCGUUGCAGUCCACGUGGUGAUAGGACGUUGUAGGAACAUUUAAGCAAAUUGUUUGUACAUAUAAAUAUUGAAUAGACAUGGCUGUUCGCCUCCCUAAACGAGCCUGACCUCAGGCUCGAGCCAGGAAACAGAGGCUACACCGUCGAAGAGCAGCUCUUUGUUGCAUUGUGGUUUUUUUUUUCUUUCCUUUUUCUAUUUUUCGUUGCUCCUAAUGACAGCAGAGUCGUCAUCAUGGUGAAGAUUAAAGCGAACGCCUUCACUACAAUCGUAGCUCUUUUUUUUUCCCCUCUGUAUUUUGACAAGAGCAUUCGUUGGGUUUCUUUGCUUAACUCUUCGCUUGGCUCUAGCUGAGUGAUGGAAAGCAUAUAGGCUGGCUUUAGGAACUUGCCUCUUCUGCUUGAUACAUUUUUUUUUCUUUGUAGAUAGUUUGUUUAUUAACAGAUCUUAAUGCCUAUAUAAGGGUGGGGAGCUACUGGUCAUGAUAGCACCAAAGAAUCGUUCCUCGGGGAAAAAAAAGAAAGUUGUUAGAAAAAGACAUGGUUGAAACAUCCGUGUUUUUAGUUUCCCCUGUGAAAUGGUUAUCAUUCCACCCUUGUCAGCGCAAGAUGGCCGGCCGUGAUGCUCCUUGGGGGUGUUUACGGACAGUGUAGUAGACAAUUGCAGUAACCUGUCGUUAUCACUUUGCAGCCUCCGAGAGGCUCUGUUAAUUAAGAGGUUUCCGAUGAAUUUCUUCUCUCCCUUCUUGCCAUGUUUAUCUUAGUAAUUCAAUUGAAGCGACUGUUUUCCCAAGUCUAGCAAGACUCUUGCUUUGCUGUUGCUGAAAUGUUCUACCACGCAACACAUAACAUCGUCACAACAUGACUGUUCUUUUUUUUUCAUGUUUUUUUUUUUCCUGUGGUCAGUGCUCCACGUAUUCUUAAAGCUUUCUUUGUAUUAUUUUAUUUUUAUUUUUUUUUUUUUCUCGCAAUAAAAUUCGCACUUGGACGUUUCUUGUAGAGGUCAUCUUGUGACCAGAGGAAUGUUUUUUGCGCGAGAGCCGAGUUAGGCACUUCUCGUCUCACUUUAUUUUUCUAGUGUUUCCGUGUUUUCUUUUUCCGAUGAACCCUGUCCCAUGUUCCCCUAUCCUUGCAUCUCUUUGAAAGAAGAAAAAAAAAAAAGACUUGUCACCAGAACAAAACACCUGAAAAACAAAACAAGGCAACACCUUUUAAAUAAAUUUAUUCUUUGUUGACA